AUUUCGAGAUAUAAUUUAUUUAAUAUAUUAACAUAACAAAUUUAUUUAAUAUUCGUGGCAAUAUAUCUUGGAUUUUUUACAUUCAUUUUACUUCAACAAUGUUGUGCUCUAUUUCGAAAAGAUGAUCAGGAAGGUCAGGAUAAGGAAACCUGAUCCACUCUGAUACAUGUAUGAUGCGUGUAUUUCUUAUUACUUUACAAGGAACAAGUUUCUUAUUAACAAGGAUUAGUUUCUUUCGAACAUUCAAUGCGUGAAGUUCGCUUCAAACGUAUAAUGCACCAGAAACUACUCGACAACAUGUUGCUAUCCACGAAGCUUUUAAUCGUUGUAUGGCUCCUCCGAUUACAUUCAAUAUUGGCAACUGUUAUUUCAUGUCAAUUGCCACAAAGCCUGUUAAACGAAAUAGAUUCCUACGAGCCGGUAGUUCGUGCCAUAAUAAACGAGGCCUUGAAUGGAUCGUUCAAAGAAUCCACGUGGAACGAAUUAGCUUAUUUUACCGACAGGUUUGGUCCUAGACCAUCCGGAUCUGAGGCGUUGGAAAGUUCUAUCGAUUACGUGUUGAAUAGAUCUAUCGAGUAUGGAUUGGAAAAUGUCCACGGUGAACCUGUUACCGUGCCACAUUGGGUGAGAGGAAGAGAAUCUGCGACUCUUUUGAAACCGAGGCAAUUGAAUAUCGCUAUUCUGGGAUUAGGCACCAGCAUCGGUACUCCACUCGAAGGUAUAACCGCAGAGGCCAUCGUAGUGGACAGUUUCGAAGAAUUGAACAGAAGAAAAGAUGAUGUACCUGGAAAGAUCGUCAUAUAUAACCAGAAAUUUGUUUCAUACGGUGAAACCGUUAAAUAUCGAAAUAAUGGAGCGACUGAAGCCUCGAAAUAUGGAGCUGUCGCUGCUCUAGUUCGAUCAGUUACGCCAUAUUCGUUGUAUACUCUGCACACGGGUCACCAGUCGUACGGUGAGAAUGUGACUAAGAUUCCAGUGGCCGCAAUCACUGUCGAAGACGCUACUUUGUUGAGAAGAAUGGCGAAUAGAGGUGAAAGGCUUGAAAUCAAUUUGAAAAUGGAAGCGACAAAUCUACCAUCUACAGUAUCGCGAAAUGUUGUUGCCGAAUUGCGAGGUUCCAGAAAUCCUGAGAAAGUUGUCGUUGUUUCUGGCCAUAUCGAUAGUUGGGAUGUUGGCCAAGGAGCAAUGGACGACGGUGGUGGUGCAUUCAUUUCGUGGCAGGCUGUGAAACUAUUGAAAUACCUUAAUUACAGACCACGACGAACAGUAAGGUUGAUCAUGUGGACAGCAGAAGAAAUGGGAUAUAUAGGAGCUCUGGAUUUCGUCAAGACUCAUAAAUCUGAACAAAAUAACUUACAAUUUGUAAUGGAAUCGGAUAUAGGCACGUUCACACCUUUGGGCAUUGAAUAUACCGGCACAGAUGUAGUUGGAUGCAUCUUGGAAAGGAUUAUGACUCUUUUCUCUCCUCUGGGAAACAUGAAGGUUCGCAGUCCCAACCAAGGACCCGAUAUCGAUUUUUGGAUAAACGAAGGUGUACCAGGAGGUUCUCUUUGGAAUCAGGAUGAUAAAUAUUUUUAUUACCAUCACUCGAACGCGGAUACUAUGUUGGUCGAGGAUCCAGAUGCUCUCGAUAGAGGGACUGCCUUAUUUGCAGCGUUGUCUUAUGUACUUGCAGAUCUCAGUAUUGAUCUACCACGACACAAAUGAUGCCAUUAAUGUUGUUGAUAUUGGUAAUAAUUGUAACAGAGAAUGUAAAGAAAAUGUUCGAUAUUAACUUACUUUGGUAUUAAAAAAUUCGUAUAAUUUGAACUAUAUUAUAAAGUAAUAAAAAUAAAAAAAUGAAUUAAGUUAA